AUGGCUGGGACCCACGCGCCAGACAGCAGCAGGAGGAGGAGCGGGCCGCCAAUGCCUCGCCCUGGGCCCCCUCUCGGCGCAGGGUGUCCCCCGACUAAGAAGGCCCGGAUCUUCCCUGACGCUCCAGACCCGGAGGACCCCUUCGGCGCGCACGGGGACUUCACCGCCGACGACCUGGAGGAGCUCGACAUCCUGGCGUCGCAGGCCCUGAGCCAUUGUCCGGCGCCGAACGCGCCCAGUGUCCCUAACUUCUGCAGAAUAGAUGGGCUGUCAAAGAACAAAACUCCUGCAGCAAAAAGCAGAGGAAGUAUGUCAGUUAACGAUAAUUUUGAAUCAGAGAUACUUCAGGCACAGUACAAUGAGCUUAAAGAAAAGAUGAAGGCAAUGGAAGAGGAGAUCCUCAUUAAAAAGGGAGAAAUUAAAAUUUUGCGGGACUCCUUGCAUCAAACAGAAUCCACUCUAGAGGAACAGAGAAGAACGCAUUUCCUUCUUGAGCAAGAGAAAGCUCAAGCACUGAGUGACAAAGAAAAGGAAUUCUCCAAAAAGCUCCAGUCAUUACAGUCUGAACUUCAGUUUAAAGAUGCAGAGAUGAAUGAAUUAAGAACAAAGCUUCAAAGCAGUGAACGCACAAAUAAACUGAUUGCCCCUGCCAUUUCCCACUGCAGUCCUAGGAAAAGUCCAUCCGUGAUUAUAAAGCCAGAAACAUCGUCUCCACAAUUUGGAAAAACAUCUUUUCCUACAAAGGAGUCUUUUAGUGCUAACAUGUGCCUUCCCUUCCCUGGCCAGACAGAGCCAGGAUACAAAUCUCUGGUGGGCAGAAAGGAAAAUAAGAUCCAUAGUCUGGAAGGUGAAUCCAUAAAACAAGAAGAGGCCCAGAAAAUUCUUGUUGACAACUGGAUGCAGAGGUCCCAUACUGAAGGUUCCAUUUUGAUAAGCCUGCUUCUGAGGCAGCCUUUGGUCCCAGGGUCUUCCUUAGGCUUGUGUCACCUCCUGAGCAGUGGUUCUGAGGCUCCCACUGGCACUCUUUUGCAGGCACCAGGCUUUGGCAGUACUUUGGCUGGGAUUUCAGCCCUCAGGACCACAAGUUUUAGAGAAGGGUCAUUUUCUUUGUCUGCCCUGAGAGAAGCACAGAGCCUGGCAUUGACUGGACUGCAUCUAAUUGCCAGGAGUGAUGGUUCCUAUGACCAAGAUCUAGCAAAAAGAGACAGAAGGACCCUUCCACUCUCCCAGCUUUCUGGAGCUGUGCAUCUCCUCCCCCUUGUACAGUUCUUCAUUGGUUUGCACUGCCAGGCUCUGCAGGACUACGCAGCAGCCAAGAGAAGUGGAGCCCCUGGGGACGCCCCAGCACAUGCCCCCUGCAUGAACUCUGGGGUAGAAGCCAGCCCUGAGGACUCACUUUGCAACUUGGAAGCUUUCUCCAUGGCUUCACUCAGUGUUCUUCAGGACCUCGUGUGCCACAGUGGAGCAGUCGUUUGCCUGUUACUUUCAGGAAGUGGGGCAGACACUGCUUCCAGGGAAAUGAACGAGAGCUUGGUUCAGAGACAUGGUCACAGAGAUGUGAGUGCAGCCCCAAAGGAAAUUGCUAUUGACCAAGCCCAACAUCCACUGCUGAAGAUACUGCUUCGUCUGCUGACUUUAACUUCUGUACCAACAAGUCACCUUCGAACUAGCAUCCUGAGUCAGUGCCUUACGGUUUUGGUGAAAUUAGCAGAAAAUGCUUCUUUUGAUUUUUUGCCCAGGUUCCAGAAUGUGCUCCGGGUGCUACCACAGUGCCUCAGCCCAGAGACGCCCCUGAACAGUGUGCUGCUGACCAUCAAGCUUCUCUCCCUCUUGGUGGACGACGAGAGGCUUGCGUCUCAGCUCUGCUGCCACUCAGAGGGCUGCCUGUUCCUGCUGCUGUACAUGUCCAUCACGUCGAAGCCUGACAAAGCAGCCUCGGAGCGACAGUGGCUCCAACUGGAACAAGAGGUGGUGUGGCUCCUGGCGAAGGUCGGUGUGCAGUACCCCUCCUCCCCAGUUAUCGCCUCUGACUGCCAGUGCAACGUGGAGGUGAUGAGAGCCCUCACGGUGAUGCUGCACAGACAGUGGCUGACCGUGCGCAGGGCAGAGUGGCCCUCAUGGACCGACCAGCAGAAGCACACGGUGCGGUGUCUGCGGGACAUUGUGCUGCUGCUGUACGGCCUGUCCCAGAAGGACAAGCUCUUCACGGUGCACUGCGUGGAGGUCCUGCACCAGUAUGACCAAGUGAUGCCAGCGGUCAGUGCGCUGAUCCGGGGACUCCCUGACGUGACACAGUGUGAAGAAGCAGCACUCUAUGAGCUCUGUGCUGCCGAGAACGAAGUGGACGACCUCGAGAUGGACUGUCCCUGA